AUGGAGCGGGCAGCGGCCGGCGCGGCGGAGCUGCUGUCCGAGGCAGCGGCGGCGGCGGCCGAGGGGCGGCUGGCGGCGGCAGAGGAACUCUACAGCCGCUGCAUCGCCCGGUGCGCGGGGGCCGGCGCCGGCCGCGACCUCGCCACGGCCCUCAACAACCGGGGACAGAUCAAGUACCUCCGGGUGGAGUUCGACGCCGCCAUGGAGGACUACACGGCUGCCAUCGAGUGCCAGCCCGGCUUCGAGGUGCCCUACUACAACCGGGGCCUGGUGCUCUACCGGCUGGGAUGCUUUGAUGAGGCCAUGAGAGAUUUCAGGAAAGUAUUAGAGUUAAACCCUCAGUUUGAAGAUGCUGCAUCGAGUCUAAAACAGACUAUUCUUGAUAAAGAAGAAAAACAAAAGCGGGGUUAUUGAAAAUGCAGCUAGUGGAGUGAAAAUGUUUUGCUAAACUUGUGAUUUUUGUCACUGAUGGGUGGACCACAAGAUCAUUUAUGUCUAUUACGACCUGCUGAAGAAAUCUUGUGCUUGGGUAAAUAAGUGAAAAAUGGAUUAUGGUUGCGAAAGAAGCUAUUUUUGGAUAUCGUUGAUGUUGAGAUGUGAGAUGCUUGCACAGAUUUUGUACAGAGGUGCUUCAUAAAGAUGUCAGAAGCUCAGUAACAGCAAAUGAAGUCUAUAGUUCUGUUAUUAAAGCUCUGGUUUUGUACUCUUCCACUGAAGCUAUAUAAAAGAUUUAAAUACUUCAGAUUGGAGCUUGUGAGAAGCACAGUAAUUUAAUCGUGCAUUUAAACAUAGAGAUCUUUUUAAGUAACACAGCCUCUAUCUUGCAUAAGGAAUGUGGUUGGAGAACUCAGUCCUUCCUGUGCUCAUUUUUUCCUAGAGGUAGUUCUGCAUCACCUAAACAGGUUGCGUUUUGUAGUCUCAUGGUUAAAGUACUGGACAGAUUAAUAAUUGGAUGAAUACAAAUGAACAUGUGCUUUUUAUCUCAUGGUUGUCUGCAGUGAGCUUAUGGUAGAGAAUGUUGUUGGGCUGUUCACAGUAGGAAUCGGAGCUUUCUCGUUUUUACUGGAAAAAUCAAUUGCUUCUAAAAUAUAGUAUGAAAACUCUGAUUGAGCUGGCCUCACAGGUCACUUCAGUCCUCAUGGGAUAGCAGGGACAUUGCUGAAAUCUAUAAACCAUCAACAAGAUGCACCCUUAGUCCUUGGUUGCAACACAAGUCCUAAUAAAAGAAACACUCUUUGAUUGCC